GCAUUGUUAUAAGCAAUUUCAAAACACGUAUUCCACCAAUUGCUAAAGAUGAAGGGACAAAUAAUUUGUUUGUUGGUUCUAAACCUAAUUUUCAUUUGGGGAGGUGCUAAUGGAUCCGACGCAUUUGAAGAUGUAGCCAAAAACUUGAUGGAGAAGAGUACACAAAGGCUAGAAGCAUCAGAACAUAAGAAAAGAGAUCCAUAUGUGCCAUUUCAAUCUAAUCCAGAAGCCUAUGCUGAACAGUUCAAACACUUCUUGCAAACUUUUAAUAGCGGCGACAGCGCAAUUUCAGAAGAAUUCAAUAAACUCGGAUUCUAUGCAUGGGAGGGUCAUUAUAUUACCAAAGUAUAUUUGAACGCAAGUUUGCGUAAACAAAUAUCACUUCACUCGACACCAUUCCAGGAUAUUCAUUCUGAUAUUAUUGACUCCAAAAAUAUUAUUUUUAUACGGAACGCUGUAGCCCACUUCUCUAAUUGGACUUCACUCAUGUUGGUUCAAACGCAAGCCACUCCAGACAGGAACAUGGAAACAAUUCGUGUUAUUCUCACUGAAGUCCUUUUAGCACUAGAAGAUACAAAAGCACCCAGUUUCAAAGAAUUCGAGAUUUUCCUUGUCUAUUUUUACCAAAUACUGAAACGUUUGAGAGGUGCAGAAGUGAUACACCAAGAUCCUUUCAUUUCGGAAGAAUUCUUGAGACUGUCGAAUAAAUAUUUCCAUGGCGUUGAAAUAAUCAAUAAUGAAGCUACUUCGACUUGCUGUUGUGCUGAAAAAGGCGGCAUAUCAGGUCACGUUAAGACGAAACUUAAACUACUCCAACAUAAAAAGAAAGUACACCUAAAAUUUAUAAGUACUAAUUUUGAUGACGUGUCCAACGAAUUCAAAAAUUUGUAUUACAGUAUUUUCGAACAAGCACCCGUCAAAUUCGAUAUAAAAAGUAUUAAAGACCAGUUUAACGUUUACUAUUUAAGCUAUUACCGAGAAAAACAACGUGAUUUAGAUUUUCGUUCUGUUCAAAUUGGACAAGUUUUUCUGAAUCAACUAUUCACUGAGAAUCCAACACUUUAUAAACUGGACACCUAUCCACCAGCUUAAAACAUGUUCUGAAUGACAUGGAAAUCAAAGAUAUCUAACUAAAAGCUAAAUGUCAAAUAAUAUCUAGCCAAUAUUCAUCAGUGAAUAUUCCAAAAUAAAGAUUAAAUUCUUGCUAUUUCAAUGGGUAUUAUACAAAA